ACCAGCUGGCAGCAGGCAUGCCAGGCCUGCCAGCCCAGGGUCAGGUGGCCUCCCCGCCCCGGCCACCACAGCCUGGCCCUCUGCGCAGACCUCUCCACAGUGCCACCGUGACGGUGCCUCCUCCACCCCGGGGAAGGCCUGUGCCCGCCGCCCUCAGCAGGCGCUGGACCCUCCCUCCACGCUCUCCCGGCAGGAGGCUCUGGGGCCCACCAAGCCCACAGCUGGGAAGAACGCUGUGCUAUGACAGCGGCCAAGGCCCAGGAGCAAGGUGAGGACCUCUGACCGCCCGGCCUUCUGUUCUGGAGCUUCAACUGCUACCUCAGGACAUGGUUGUGCAGGACAGUGCGGAACCCGGGGAUGCCGGGCUGGUGCUCCUGGAGCCCUUCCUGCACCAGGUGGGGGGGCACCUGAGUGUGAUGAAGUAUGACGAGGACACCGUGUGCAAGCCCCUGGUCUCCCGGGAGCAGAGGUUCUACGAAUCCCUGCCCCUGGCCAUGAAGCGGUUCACCCCGCAGUACAGAGGCACCAUCACAGUUCACCUACAGAAAGACAGCCUGGGCCACCUCAGCCUGGUCGCCACCCCGCUGCGGGAGGACCAGGAGUCCUUCCAGGUCUCCGCGGGGCCGGCGGUGGCGAUAUGGCAGAAGCUCCAGCAGACCACCGGCGGCAGCGGCAGUGCGGGGCCCCUCGCCCAGUGGCAGCACGCCCGGCUGGCACACGCGCUCCCGGAGAGCCGGGCCACUGCCCUCCUGAGGUCCGAGUUCCACCUCAGCACCCACGUCGCCUUCCUGGUGGAAGAUGCUAACGGGAACCAGGCCACGAGGGGGAGCUUGAACCCAUGGGGUCUGCACUGCCACCAGGCCCACCUGACCCGCCUCUGCACCGAGUACCCACAGAACAAGCAGCAUCGGUUCCUGCUGCUGGAAAACGUCGUGUCCCAGUACAAGCGCCCCUGCGUGCUGGACCUGAAGAUGGGGACCCGGCAGCACGGGGACGACGCGUCCGCCGAGAAGAAGGCCCGCCACAUGACCAAGUGCGCGCAGAGCACCUCCGCCUGCCUGGGCGUGCGCAUCUGCGGCAUGCAGGUUUAUCAAACUGAUAAGAAGCACUUUCUCUGCAAAGACAAGUACUACGGAAGGAAGCUCUCCGUGGACGGGUUCAGACAAGCCCUCUAUCAGUUCCUGCACGACGGGACCCGCCUCCGGACAGAGCUGCUGGGGCCCAUCCAGCGCCAGCUGCAGGCCCUCCUCUCGGUCAUCAGGGGCCAGAGCUCCUACCGCUUCUACUCCAGCUCCCUCCUGGUCAUCUACGACGGGCAGGAGCCGCCGGAAAGAGCCCCGGGCGGCCCGCACCCGCAGGAGGCUCCGCAGCCCGCGCCCGCCAGCUGCCCCGGAGGCCUCCCCAAAGUGGACAUCCGGAUGAUCGACUUUGCCCACACGACAUACAAGGGCUCCUGGAGUGAGCGCAGCGCCUAUGACGGACCGGACCCGGGCUACAUUUUCGGCCUGGAGAACCUCAUCCACAUCCUGCGGGACAUCCAGGAGGGACAGUGAGACGGGGUGCCCCCCCCCCCCUGUUCUGGAGCAUAGUGUCCAGAGACCUAUUGGUAGCGAGCAUAGUCUAGACACGCCUUAGAUGUCUCUGUAAUAACAUGGCUACGUUCAGGAGCCAUCACUCCCACGGCAGGCCGAGUGAAGAGCCGCUAAGAAGGCAGCUCCGGAGAGAACUCACACGCCUGGCGUCUGGGCUGACGCUGGUCAGCCAGACCGGAUGGUCCGGGUGAGAUGGCGCAUGAGGUAGAGGCGGCAUCACAGCGAGACUCUGCAGUGUCUGCGUGGAACACGCUUUCUUGUCGCGCCGCAGUCCUGGCCGGCUGUGAGGCAAGUCCUCAUUGAAGAGGGGGCUCCCGGUCAUGGGUCUGCUUCAUGGGCGGCCUGUGCCAAGGGCAGGGCGGAGGUGAGGAACGCCUCCUACCUUCCUCAGAGGCACUGCAGGGGGCGCGGGAUGAGUGGGACAGAUCUGCCAUCUCACCAGCUGCAAGCCCAGGUUCUGCAUGGACAGGACCAUCCCAGCAGCGCUAGCAAACCAACACCCGGUGCUCCGUUUCUGCCUGUGGGGGGAAGGUCUCUUUCCGGACUUCCGAGUACCUACUGGGAGCAGCCAUUCUGCCAGAACCUGACGGUGAAGUGCAGCUGCCAGGGAGGUGGGGUGUGCAGGCGGAGGAGCCUCGGAUGUUAAGCUACUCGCUCAGCUUUCUGUUUAUUUAUUUGGGGGGGGGGGUCAGAAGUGAGGAGCCUGGAGGACCGAGGAAACCAGGCGCAAUGUUUACAAGACCGGUGGGGGACGAGUAUGAAUGCGGAACAAAGAGCAGCCGGCUCUAAUUAACUCCUCUUCGAGGUGUGCAAGCUAUUACAAUGCCCUGGAGUCGAGCACGGAGAUGCGUCACCCAAUUAGGGAAAUAAAUUUGUUAAUAAAAUUGCUGAGGUCAUCAGUGAUUA